CAACCUUUAAAACAAGGAGGACCCACCCUGCUCCCAGGAGCUUUCCAGAUCCACCAAGGGCAGGUGGGAAGAGACAAAGUGUCAGGGUUCCAGCCCCGAGAGGAGAUCCAAGGGGACCCCCGCCUCCAUCUGACUGAGGAACGGACUCCCCGUCUCCACCGCCCCACGUUGUCAUGGCUGCUCACAAAUCUCAUAUUCAACGCAAAAAAGGAGGCAAAACUCCUCUCAACGCCUGCAUUUUAAGCAGCAGCUCCUCAGCUCCCGUGUGCUGUUCAGGCGCUCGCAGAUCGUCCCUGCUCUCCCCUCCACCCUGCAGUGAGCUCCCAGCAGCUGGGCCGGACGCAGCUUCCCGUGAGCGGAGGAUCGACCUGGGAGCCUGGUGGGGGAUCUCCGCCCAGACCAAGCAUGAGACCCCCGAGUCUAGUGGGACAGGCCACAGACCAGCGACUGCUGCCCACGCCUGUCCUGGGGACUCCAGACAGUGCUGAGGGGAAGGAGAAAUCAUUCAUUCAGCCAUUCAUUCGCUGAUCCAGGCAAUUAUUCAUUCAUUCAUUCAACAGAUAUUGAUUGAGUCCUCCCUUUCAGGCAGGCACUGUUUUAUGCACUGAAAUACAACUUUUUAUACAACAGACACUCUUCCCUCCCUGCUUCAUGGAGUUCUGUUCAAGCAGGGAGACAAACAUUUGUUAAAUGAAACAUAAAGUCUCAGUGACAAUUAGAGCUUUGAGGGAGAAUGAAGGAGCAGGAAGAGGCAGAGGAGGAGGAGCCAGGGCUGCCAGGUGCAGUAGGCCAGGUUGCGCACUGCUCACCUUUGCUGUAGGAUUCACGUCACAGUCAUCAAAGUCACACUAGGGAGUUUCCCAGUAGAUGGCCGCACUGUGUCUCAGGAAGGGCCCAUUGCCGCUUUGUCCAAGGCCAUCUCAUGGGCUCAAAACCAUGGGAGGGGAGGGGUCCUGCCAGGAUGACACAGAUUCUGGGGCCCUCACUUUCCUCCCAUCAGAUGAUGCUGAGCCUGGGAAGGCACUGAGACUGCAGCGGAGUGGGCCAGGGGGCAGUGAGAGGAGGGGACGUGGGUGGGGCUGGGCUGGGGCACUGGAGGAGCAGGUCAGGCAGCGCCCGUCCGCCCAGAGGCACCCCAGGACUCAAGCCCACAGCCAACCCCGCUCUCCGAGGCCUCACUGCAGCUGUGGGAAGGGGAAGCAUGGAGCCCUCCCUCAAGGUCAGCGCAGUGCCUGGCUUGAGCUCAUGACAGUGACCAUCCCCUGCUGCCAUCAUUGCAGUCACUGCCCUGGGGGGCAGCCUGGACCCCAGCUCCACCACGCGUGGACUGUGUGGUCUUGGGCAGUGCCAAGCUCGGCCUCACGGGCGUGUGGGGACGGUCCCAGGAGGUCCAUGUGCCAGGCCCAGGGUUAA